GGGGCAUGAGCGCCUUGUUCCGCCCUGGGCCCGGAAGGGUGAUGUGGCUGAGGCUUCGCCGGCCUCACUAUGUCUGCUAUUUUCAAUUUUCAGAGCCUGUUGACAGUAAUCUUGCUGUUAAUAUGUACCUGUGCUUAUAUCCGAUCCUUAACACCCAGCCUCCUGGACAGAAAUAAAACUGGAUUGUUGGGCAUAUUUUGGAAGUGUGCUCGAAUUGGUGAACGAAAGAGUCCUUAUGUAGCAGUGUGCUGUAUAGUGAUGGCCUUCAGCAUCCUUUUCAUCCAGUAACUUGACAAAAUGCCAGAACUUAAUUGUCAUCAUAUUUCAAUAUGAACAAAAGGACUUUGUCUACAGAUAAAAUGGAAUGGAUGGUUUACCCUUUUAUCUCUGAACAUUGAAUGAGAUAAAUUUCCAGCUGCUGUUCUCUAUAUUUUUACAUUAUUGGACCAAUGUUCUAUAUUAAUUAGGAUGUAAACAUUACUACUUAAAGAGUUUGACGUGUUUAUAAUUGUACAGUCACCAGAAUAUUAGAUUCUACAAGUAUCUUUCUGUUGUGUCAGAUACCAGUUUUUAGUAAGGUAUCUCUAGGGCACAGAAUAAAAAACAGAAGUGGAAAUUUU